AUGUCGGCCGACCGUUUGCCCCUGCUGGUGGCGUAUGGAGAAGGGGAGGAGGAGGUGGGGAGGUACGAAGAGGAGGGGGAAAAGGGAGACGACUUCGAAAUGCGGGCAAUGGUGGACGGUCAGGUUCUGUCGCACGGCAAAAACGAGCGACGGCCAACUACCGAAGCCGGCGAGGAACCCACUCGGAGCACGCCUGCGCCUGCGCCACGCUGCCUGCCCACCGGAGCAGUGCUGGUGUGCAUGUUCGUCUUCUUCGGUCUCGUAGUUGGCGUGGACAGCACCAUGAAAGCCGACAAGGUGGUCAUCUUCCUGCUGUCCGUGUCGGACGCGCUCAUUGCCCUCUCAUACUUCUUCAUCCCCGGCGCCAUGUUCGCCGUCGUGCUCUUGCGAAAGGACAUCGGCCCCUACGUGUGGAUCGUGUGGAUGUUUGGAGCCUUCAUCGUUUGCUGCGGCCUCACCCACGCCAUCUCCGCCAUCCGCCCGUGGGCCUUUUCGGAGUGGGUCAUGGUGGCGAUGAAGAUGGUGACGGCGGCCGUGAGCUAUGGCACGGCGAUCGCCGUGUACAUAAUCGUCCCGCUGGCGGUGCUGAUCCCGUCGCCCAUCCAGCUGGAGCUGGAGAUCAACGAGCGCAAGGCCGCGCAGGGCAAGCUGCAGUCGCGCUACGAGCGGUCGGUGGUGACCAACCAGGUGACCCGCGAGAUCCGGCGCAACCUGGAGCUCGGCGCCAUCUGCCGCGCCACGGCCGAGCACUGCGCUAAGCUCUUCAACGCCGACUACUGCACCCUCUACCAGCACAAGCGCAAGGCGCCCAAGCCCGCCCCGCCGGAGGAGCAGCCGACGGACGAGAGCGACAGUCAGUGCCAGGGCGCGGACUGCACGGCGCAGCCCCGCCAAGAGGAGGCGGCAGGCACCACGCCGCAGGAGGUGGAGGAUCACCGGUACUCGGUGCUCAGCGAACACACCAAGCACUACGGCCGAGCCCAGGAAGAGGAUGGGGCACUCGGGCCGACUGACGAGGAGAUGGUUCGCGCGCGACAGCGGAGGCACGCUCCGCCGCUGCAUCUGCUGCCAGGUUUCAUGUGUCAGCACCGGGCGGUGGUGAUCGACGUGGAGCAGGGCCUGGCGCUCACGCACCGGGACGACGGCAGCGGGACGGACGUGGUGGACGAGGAGCUGGUGAACUACUUCCGCGAGCGAGACGUGGCGUGGGUGAUGUGCAUCGCGCUGCCCUACCACGCCACCUCGUGUGCUGCGAUCGUGCUGCAGGUCAAGAACAAGCCUGCGGCGGGCACUCCCAGCACCGACCGAUGCCACUGGUGGAGCCCUGAAGACAUAGAGCAGCUGGAGGAGGUCAGCGCCCAAGUUGAGAUCGGGCUGGCGCAUGCGCAUCUGCUGCAGGAGGCCGAGCGUGGUCGUCAGCUGGCCAACCUCAACAUAGAGCUCACCCAAGCCAAAGCUGAGGCGGAGGCCGGAUCCAAGGCCAAGUCUCAGUUCCUCGCCGUUGUCUCCCACGAGAUUCGGACGCCGAUGAACGCGAUCUGCGGCAUGACCAAGGUGCUCAAGGAUUCGCACAUGUCGAGCGAGCAGCGGGAGUGCGUGCGGAUCAUCUCGUCGUCGGCCAAGGCCCUGCUGUCGCUGCUCAACAACAUCCUCGACUUCUCCAAGAUCGAGGCCGGCAAGACCGAGAUCGACAACAACACCCCGUUCGACAUUCGAGCCUGCAUUCAGAACAUCAUGAGCCUCAUGGCCAACUACGCUGGCGGCAAACACGAUCGGGUCACUCUGUCCACGCUCACCGACUCUCGAGUGCCGCGCAAGGUGGUGGGCGACAAGCAGCACCUGCGGCAAGUGCUCAUCAAUUUGCUCUCAAACGCCCUGAAGUUCACUCAAGCGGGCAGCGUUACGCUCCGCACCAGCCUCAAGACCACCUGGACCGACCCCGACACUCACGAAUCGAUGGCGGACAUCAGCUUCGAGGUCACGGACACGGGCAUCGGCAUCCCGCAGGAGAAGCUGGACUGUCUGUUCCACCCCUUCUCCCAGGUUGACUCGGGCUUCACGCGCAAGUACGAGGGCACUGGGUUGGGGCUGGCCAUAUCGAUGCGGCUGUGCGAGAUGAUGGGCGGCUCGAUGUGGGUGCAGAGUCAGGAGAACAAGGGCUCCACGUUCGGCUGCAACGUGCGGGUGCGGGUCGAGCAGAUGGACGGAGCUGAGCCCACCACCGGUUCGGAGCCCGAAUCCGACGACGCCUGGUCCAGCGACACCUUCACUCCCCCGACCCAGGGUCGGUGGGAGCCAGCCGGCUCAUCAUCAUCAUCUUCUUCUUCUUCAACUUCCACCUCUUCCUUCACAUCUUCUUCUGUCUACUCAUCUUCCUCUGCUCCCGCCUCGCCGCUUCUGCGACCACCUGAAGAGCCACAGACGUCUGUUUCGGCCGACGCGCUCACACCGCCGGCCCGGUACCUGCGGCUGGACUACACCACCCUCUCGCACCGGGCCAACUUGGCGGGUGAUGAGCGCAUCUCGGCCUCGCUCUACCGGCCGAAGACGCUCGGCGCGGUGCCGGUGACUUCGCCGCUGCGGCUUCUGCUGGCCGAGGACAACCUGGUCAACCAGAAGGUGGCGUUCAAGCUCCUCAGCCGCCUGGGCUACUACAACGUCGAGGCCGUGGCCAACGGCCGCCAGGCCGUCGAGCGCAUCACAGCCCAGCGGGCCAAGCCCGACGGCCAACCGUUUGACGCCGUGCUCAUGGACUUGCACAUGCCCGAGAUGGACGGCAUAACGGCGAGUCGCACGGUCAAGCAGGAGCUGCGAGACCAGGCGCCCUACAUCAUCGCCUGCACGGCCGACCUCCAGUACGACACCCGCACGGCUUGCGCCCAAGCGGGCAUCGACAACUACCUCGAAAAGCCAAUCAAGUUCAAGGACUUGGCCAGGGUGUUGGAGGCUGCGGCCACCAACAACCUCCCCCGGCGAAGCGCAGCCGAUCGUACCGGCUUGUGA